GCAGCCUUUAUCUCGUAAGCUUUUCUUUUUCUAUAUGAAAAGUUUUUAAACAUCAAUUUAUGUACGAUUUAUAAUGCAAUUUGAGAAGAUUCAUAUGGUUUUCUUGUAUUCAAAAAGGAAUAAAUAAUUAUCUAAUGUUGAAAGUUACUAUGACUGUGGAAUCCGCAGUGGUGUAGUCUAUUCUGCAGAUGUUGAAGGGAUAACACGACAAAGAAAAUAGUGACAUCACAAAAGCUAAAGAGAACAAAAAUAAUAUGAGCGCUGGAAGUGCGACGCUGGAGCGAGAGCUGGCUAGCACUAGGCGGUUGCUGUGGGGCGAUCACGUCAAGGAGGAUGUGUUUCGGCGUUGGGCGCAGGGGUUCCAGUUCAGUCCGGAAGAGCCCAGCGCACUAAUCCAGCAGGAGGGAGGGCCGUGCGCAGCCAUCGCGCCAGUGCAGGGUUUUCUCCUCAAAAUACUGUUGUCUGAGACACCUGGACAUAGUUUUCAAGACUUGACAUCGGAAAAGUGCAAUUCUUUGCUUGUUAGGGCUGUGUGUACAAUAAUAAGCCAGUGCCUAGUUUCUAAGUACAAUGUGGCUGUGUACCGCAAAAACGAUACCGAAGCAAACACUAGCGCUGGCAACAAUGUUAGUGCAGAAGAACAAUCAUGUGAUGCAAUCGACCAUUUUCACCGUAGAAUGGAAGUACACUCUUUUCAAACUUUGUCUGAAGUGGAGGCUUUCUAUACGAGAAACAUACGCAUUUUAAAAGAUAAAUAUGGAGUGUUGCUUCUGUUAUACAGUGUUAUCCUCAGCAAAGGAGUGAGCACGGUGGAAGCAGAAUUAGCUGAAUUAUCUGAUCCUCUCAUACACUCUACUUAUGGUUAUGGAUCUCAGGGACUUAUUAAUUUAAUGUUAACUGGACGGGCGGUGGCCCAUGUGUGGGACCAUGACCAAGUUGUUGGUGGGUUACGACUCCGUGGCAUUGAGAGGCAGAAUGACAUAGGUUUUCUUACCAUAAUGGAGCAUAUGCAGUACUGCACAGUUGGUUCCUUCUACAAAAACCCUAAACACCCUGUCUGGGUCCUGGCUUCCGAAACACACUUGACUGUCCUGUUUUCCUUGGAGCGGCGGCUAGCAGCACCAGAAACUGCGGGGGAAUCAGCUGAACGAAUUUUUCGCUCAUUUGACCCUGAAGGCAAUAAUUUCAUACCAUCAGCUGCGCUACAAGAUGUUUUGUGUGCUGCAGAUCUUGUCAGUGAACCUGAGUAUGUGGAAUUGAUGCGACGAAAACUUGAUUCCGAGAAUUUGGGUAUAAUUUUACUAAGUGCAUUUAUGGACGAAUUCUUUCCUGGUUGCGAACGUGGUGCCCCGGAUACAUUCACAUUACACCACUACAAUGGUCUACUGAGAAGUAGCCCGGGCGGGCGAGUAGUGUACAGGACUGGCCGCGCCGCAUUGCUGGAGUGUCCGAUGCACGCAGCCACCACGGACCCUAUGCUUACUUGUCUGCAGACUAAAUGGCCCAGCAUUGACGUAGUGUGGGAUGACGGCCAGUCACCUUCUCUCAACUAGCGUGAUUUGCUUUUGGAACAAACUGUGCUCGGAACUGAUGCUGUGACACAGUGAGGAGAAUCAAAAAUGUAACUUUGCAUAGUUACAGAAAAUUCCAUUACUUUAUUGUAUUAACUUAUAUAUUAUAUAUAUAACAUAAAUAUAUAUAUAUAUAUACAUAUAAAAAUUAUAUUGGAUAAUGACCUGUGGCCCACAUGUAAACCUCGCACUGUUUUGGGCAGCUAUUUUCCAUCAAACUCAUUCUGAACACAACUGCAGUGAAAGCAAAUGUCCGCUGUUGAUUGCUCGAGGUGGUAUCUGGUAAUUCUAAACAAACUUUGAAGAUAGGUAGCGUUUAACUUUGUAAAACUUUCAUUUGACAAAAAAUGCUUUAAGCAAGGGAAAUUGUAUUGUAUUGUAAAAUGUGAUUUUACAAAACCACUUGCUUACAAUAUACAUAUAUGUAUAAUAUUUGAAUUAUUUUUUACUUACAAUUUUGGGUUAGUGAAUGUUUUCUGUCUUACUGUAUUUUCUCACUAAUAUGAACUAAAACAGAUAUGAAAUCAAUUUGUGUAUCUGCGGGGAGUGUUGCUUAUCAAAUAUUGUCAGAAAAUCUGCCAAAAGACUUAAAGGUUCCAGUAGCCAUUUUGUCCCCUGUAUCUGCCCCUUGUGCACUUCACACAUUCUGAUUUCAAAUAAAAUAUUGUGAUAAUUAUAAGAUUUAUUGUUAGACCCAAUUUAUCAAGUGAUGGUCAUCUCAUGUGUUUGGGGCCUAAAUUCUAGUAGAGGUUAUUGAUCUCCCUUGGCUCUCAGCAAUGACUUGAGUUUUUUAAUAUACAAUUUAGUGGCUAAAGGAU